GGAAGUGAAGUGAAAAAUAACUACAAUGUAACAUUUUAUUACGGUAUCGCAAACUUAAUUCACCACAAACAACUUGAUUAAAAUGUUGUUGACAUGUUACGAGAAAUUCGACUUCAAAUUCUCAUUUUGUGGAGCUUACUGUCAAUGUUGAAAUAGUUUGAAAAGUUCGGAUCCGUACUAACGUUAGUUAGUUAGCAUUAGCCAUCAAGCUAACCUAGUAGGCGCGAGCAGGUUUGACAGCUUUCUGCAUUCAUAUCCAACCUUGCUAAAACAUCGGGCACGCAAAUGUCAUUUAUAAAGAGCAAUAGCGCAAUAUUGAACAAUACAUUUGACUCAAAUGCAUACCUGACAGACGUAGCUAGGCCGUUUGUUGCGGUCAACCGUAAGGGGUCUUGGAAAUGCAUUAAGUUUGUCGCCCUGUGUGUAGUUGAAUGCCUGCUCUAAGGCUCAACGUUGGCUAGAGCUAUGUGGCGAUUGGGGAGGGGUGGCACUACAAGAGCACGAUUGUUUCCCCUCUUCUACUGUGGAGUUUAGGACUGAGAGAGGACGACGUAGCACACUAGCUAGUCAGUAGGAGUAGCUGAUUCAACCCUGUACUGCGCAUGAGGAGGGACAUAGGAGGUGUCUGGAAUAUAAACAUAACUAACCCAUGUACACAAAGGGGCAGCAGCAGUAGUAGGUUGGAUGCGGGUUGUGUGUGCGGUGCUGUGCCUUGGCCUUGUCGGGGCGCUGCAGCGGGAACAGGUAGCUCAGCAUGCCAUCAAGCUGCAUCGGGGUAGGAGUGCUGUGGCCAAGCACGCUUGGAGCUGGGUGUCUGAUAACUGCCGGCGCCUGGGCAGCCUCAUCCGACAGAAGAACACGGCCAUUAAGAAGCUAGCUGUGGCUGCAGCCGCUGUGGGGCGAGACCACUCCCUCUCAGACCCAGAGAGACUCUUCCAGGUUCACACUCUGGAGGUGUUUCAGAAGGAGCUGAAUGAGAGCGAACGCUCAGUCUUCCAGGCGGUGGUGGGCCUGCAGAGGGCGCUGCAGGGAGACUACAGGGACGUGGUCAACAUGAAGGAGAGCAGCCGUCAGAGACUGGAGGCCCUCAGAGAAGCAGCCAUUAAGGAAGAGCAGGAGUAUGUAGAGCUGGUAGCAGCAGAGAAGCACCAGGUGGAGGCUGUGAAGAGUGCCCUGGCCCAGAACAAGACCCUGUCCAUGCUGGAUGAGAUCCUCGAGGACGUCAGGAGAGCUGCUGACCGCCUGGAGGAGGAGAUAGAGGACCACGCCUUCGACAACAAUAAACAGAUGAAUGGAGUGCACGUAGCCAACGUGGAGGCGGUGCUGAGAGUGGAGGAGGAGGAGGAAGACGGAGGGAAAAGAAGAAGGAACGCGUCAAGGAGAGGUGGAGAGGUGGAGGACGACGUGGGGCUGAGCAUGCUCAUCGACUCCCAGAACAACCAGUAUGUUCUGACCAAGCCCAGAGACUCCACCAUUCCCCGCUCCGAUCAACACUUCAUUAAGGACCUGGUCUCCGUAGUGAUGCUGUCUCUGCCAUGUGGUUGGCUGUGCACUAUGAUGGGCCUGCCCCCCAUGUUUGGUUACAUCGUCUGUGGAGUCCUUCUGGGUCCCUCUGGACUCAACAGCAUCAAGUCUAUGGUGCAGGUAGAGACGCUGGGAGAGUUGGGAGUGUUCUUCACUCUCUUCGUGGUCGGUCUCGAGUUCUCCCCAGAGCGACUUCGGAAGGUGUGGAAGAUCUCUGUGCAGGGUUCAUGCUACCUCAGUCUGUUGAUGGUGGCUACAGGGCUGCUGUGGGGUCAGGUGCUGCAUAUCCGUCCCACCCAGACCGUCUUCAUCUCCUCCUGUCUCUCUCUAUCCUCCACGCCGCUGGUCUCACGCUUCCUGGCUGGGGGCACCCGCGCAGACAAGGACGGGGAGCUGGACUACAGUAGUGUUCUCCUGGGGAUGUUGGUAAUGCAGGAUGUUCAGCUGGGUCUGUUCAUAGCCGUCAUGCCCACCCUCAUACAGGUGUCAUCUGGCCACCUGGACAGUGUCCUGUUUGGAGGUCUGCACGUCCUCCUGCUCCUGUCCCAGGUCCUGUUCUCUCUGGCUAUGGUACUACUGCUGUGUGUUCUCCUCAAAUCCUUCCUGAUUGGUCCAUACUACAGGAAGCUCCAUGCUGAGUCUAAAGGCAACAAGGAGAUCCUGGUUCUGGGGACCGCUGCCUUCGUAUUCCUCAUGCUCACCGUCACAGAGUUCCUGGGCGUUUCCAUGGAGCUGGGCUGCUUCCUGGCUGGAGCACUUCUCUCCUCGCAGGGUCACAUUUGCACCACGGAGGUCAUGGGCUGCAUCGAGCCAAUCAGAGACUUCCUCGCCAUCAUCUUCUUCGCCUCCAUUGGUUUCCAUGUCUUUCCUACCUUUGUCCUGUAUGAACUGACAGUCCUGGUGGUGCUGACUCUCUCACUGGUCAUCAUGAAGUUCCUGAUGGCUGGUUGUGCUGGUGCUGUCGGCCAUUCUUGCCUAAGGUUCUCGCCACAUUCCGUUGGAUAGUGUUCUGCUGGCCUGGCGCAGGUCAGUGAGUUCUCCUUCGUCUUGGGGAGCCGCGCCCCGCCGAUGCUGGCAUCAUCUCGCUAGAGCAUGG